AUGUAUGUUACCGGCAGGGAGAUAAAAGACAGACUGGCUAAUUCAAAAAUUCACAUGGAGAACAUCAAGCAGCCGGUGAAGGAGGUCCCCCCCCUGCCUCGGCACCCCUCCCAACUUCCUGUCACCUCUUCCUAUGGGAAUCCUGCUCCCAGCUCCAAAAAACACCCAGGCUCCCUUCAGCAUGUGCAAGUGGCCUCAUCAGUGGUAUCAUCGUUCAACUACUUGCGGCCUCCAGAGAGAGAUCUUACGCCAACAUCCCACAUGAAAGCUGUCAAGUCCAUGAAACAGGCAGGGCUCACAGCGGUUUUCACUGGACAAAAUGUAAAUGAGGAGGUCCAGGAGAUGAUGCCUCUCGCUGAUGUGAUCCUGGCUGACAUCGACGCCUUAGUGCCAACUCACGAUGAAGCUGGACUUCCCAUCGUGGAGUGGAAAAGACAGGUGAUGGUACGACAGCUACAAGUCAGACUGCUGGAUCAAGAAGAAGAUAUUAAACAGAGUGCAGCACCAACCCAACCUUCAUUUGAUGACUAUAAAUACUCUGAAGCUCAUAAUGCAGUCUUGGGUCCUUUUGGCGAGCUGCUAAGUGAAGAUGACAUAGUUUAUCUCCAAAAGCAGAUUGAAAAUGUUUCACUGCAGAAGAGGUGCCAGGUCUAUGAGCUGGAACUGACCAGGCUCACUAAAGAGCUGAAGGCAAUUUUCCCCGAUCCUAUCGUCAAUAUUUCCCUAAACACAGAAGCCCUUCAGCAAAUGGAUGAAGAGGGACGGCGCACACUGCAAAAUUGGUGCAGCCGUGUUUCUGAAAUGGUCAAAAACAUGUCAUUGCUUUUAGCUCAUUUAAGUCAAAUAACUGAAGAGAAAGACACAGAAGAAGCUCAUAGGAUACCCCACAUCGGCAUGGCAACAGCUUUCAGUCAUCGUUUAGAAGCUAGCACUUACAACAGAGCCCAAAGGGACAAGGUGAAACAGGAAAUUCAGGAAUCUGGUGUAUCGGUGAGCAGUCUCCGAACAAACUUUGAAGGUCAGAUUGGUGGGGUCUAUCCUUUUGCAGGUGUUUUGAAAGAAGAUAUGGGAAAGGAUUAUUCUGCUGAAAUCAAAAACAUACCAGUGAUGGAGAGCACCAGUCUGAGAAAAGAGCGCAUUGUUGUGUUGUUUCUAAGUCACUGGAAAAAGUCAGCUUAUGCUAUAUCAAAGAGAUCAGGAAAGAUGAAACAGAGUAAAUAUCAAGCAACCACACAGCAACACAAGGGGAACUCCAUGCUUCACUUCUGUCAGCAAAAAUGUGCAGUUGACAAGAUGCUGAACUCAUGGAAGACUAGACUAGACAUCAGUGAUACCCAUAGGAAACACAGCAAGCUUCCCUCUGUAACCUACUCUCCUGAGCAGUUUGUACCUGACGCGAAUGGCGAUGCUGUGACCUACGAUAGCUUAACUCUUGAUCUAUUCAUGCUGGGGUAUUUUCACAUCCUUGAGCAGCCGCUGUCAGCAGAGGAAAGAAAAAUGAGGCAUCUGCUGUGCUUUGAGGUGUUCGACCAUGUUGGCACGUUCCCCUGGGAGACGGUAAGAGAUUUCCAUAAAGCCGUUUUGCAAGAAAUACAGACCGGAAGACGUCAAUGGAGCGAUGGGUUCGAUGACAUUAAAGUGCACUUCUUUGGAGACUCCAAAGCGUACUGCUAUCCCACCAUGUCAGUUUUGCAUGAGUCCAAGCUGGUGCCCCAUGUAAGAGUCCACUCCUCUGGCCCUGGUGAGUGCAUGGGUGGCACAGAUGUAUCCUGUUUCAACAAUGAAGAAGACAUUUGUAAAUAUAUUGAUCGUAGCUUCGCCUUCUGGAAAGAGAAGGAGGCAGAGCUGUUUGACUUUGAGCAUACAUCUAAAGGGUAA